AUGUCGAAGGCGCCAUCUCAGUCACCUACAGUCGCCGUUGGCGCCCUACCCGAUUGGGCGGUCGCGGCAGGCCUAUCUUGGCCAUCGACAACAUUGCACGCGCAGCUUUUUUUGGACGCGUUAACUAUACGUCUGAAUGCAAUCAUCGAGGCAUCAGCACGCUGGGGUAUAGAGGGGGUCUAUGUGGCGACGUUGAAGGCUGAGAUAGAUGCAGCCAUGCCAGCGCUCUCGUAUAUUGGGAUGCUCAGGUCCUCAUAUGGCGAGGAUGGCUUCUUCGUCUCCAUCCCUCCCAUCCUCAGGUGGCUCAAGCGAGCAGGCGGGCCCGCUGGGCUUGUCUCUCUUGCCGUCGCCAAGGGAUCCCGCCUUCACAAAGAGCAAGCGGGGUGGGUGCCCCGCUAUCCCGACGGCCUCCCGACCCCGCCAUAUGGGCCCUACUCGUGGUGGAACCCUGAUGUUGGCGAGUCCGAUCGCGAUGACAGCGUCGUCGAGAGUGAGGUACUCCAAAGCACCCCGCCUAGGGUGGCACGGCACGGGCAAGUUGGCGCUGUUCAUUCCACAAGGCUAGCUGCCGGAGCCACUGCCAAGCAUGCAGCAGUCUCUAACGUAGACGGGGGGAGCAGCACACGGAAGCGUAGGGCUACGGCGGAUGUGAGAACCCCGACCUCGAAAAAGAAACGACGCUUUCAGGCAUUGCCCGUUCAUCAGGCUCAGGUUAGGAAACCUGCGCGUGGUGGCCGCUUGAGCGCAGCUGACCGCACAGCUCUCAAGCAGCUGCGGCACCCCACGUGCCCUGAUGCACGCGCGCGUGCUGAUGAGUAUCACGACGGUGAUGAGUACAUGCCCAACGGCGCGCACUGCACGAAGUGCAUCGCCAAUGGGGAACAAGAGUGCUUCAAAAAGCCAGGCCUCGCCUGCUGGCCCUGCAAGUGGAAACGGAAGCUCUGCAGCCUCGAAAAGGAGAAGCCUGCCACUCGCGUUCGAACUGAACGAGCGAGCUCCUCAGCAAAGUCAGCCAGGGGAAACACAGCGACGCCAUCUACGGUCCACAAGCGAAAAUAUGGCGAUAUCGAUAACAAUGCGGCUCCAUUGCCUUCCAUUGACCACUCUGUAGUCAACAACGCGGAUGUCGUCGACGACGCUGACGCUGACGCGGAGAUGCGCGGCGUCGUGGUUGAAGAGAGCGAUGGCGACGAUACCACAGGGCUCGACGUCAUCGGCGACGCGCACAACGAUAGCGCCCGCUCGACCAACGCGGUUGCCUACCAAGGCGUCGGCCGACAUGUCACUCUCGCGCGUCAGCUGACGUCCGCUGCCACGCUGUUGUCGAGUGGUCUACCGUCCGUUGGGACGGCGUUGUCGAGGCGGCGUGCCUGCAACUGCUGGCCAGUCAACACUGCCCUGCGCUGUUACGGCGCAUUCACCAACUUGGGUUCUCGUUCCCACCACGGCGAAAUACCCUUCUUUCAUUGCAACACAAUACUUACUAGCGUGAGUUAG